AUCGCACCUCGAUCAUCAUGUCUUUAACGGCCUCCGGGGCUACAGCACAGACUCAGAAGAAUGCCAAUAGAAUAUCAAAUCCUCAGCGACUCCUGGUGCUGACACCACAUGCGCAUUCCCAGACCACCAUCCCACCCUUUCUGCACAGCUUGACCGGGAAUCCGGUUCCCCCGCCAGGAGUACAAAAUGAUCCCCCGCCAAACGAAGAAACCAGCGAAGGACCGGGACAUCAAUCAACCGCAACGUUCGCCGGCUACUCCACCCACCCACCAUUGCCCCUAAACACCAAAUACUACUCAGCCGAUAUCCCAAUAUGGGUAGACGAAAUUCCUAUCCCAGCAGUCUCUUCUCCCGCCUCAUUACAAUCCCAGACAUCCCAAGCAGAACAAGAAAAUAACACGCCAUCCACCUGGUCCGCCACCUUCCUCGCUCCGCCAGCCGCCGAAGUCCGCGCCGCCAUUGGCGCGAUACUUAUCUUGCUCCAAAAGCCGGUCAGCGUGAGUUCGGCGGUACCGAGCGGGGAAGCGACGGUGGAAAGAGAGCGGGUGCGUGAGGGUAUAGCUGCGUUGAAGACUGUGGUCAAAGCUGUGGCGGAUGUAAAGAGGAAGAUUGAGGAGGAGAGAGGGGAUAGCGGGAUAGGUGACGUGCCGGGACUGGUGAUCUUGGUUGGAAGCGAGGAUAAAAAGGGGAGUAAGCGAUUGGGAGAGAAUUUUGAAGAUGCCUCUCUAGGUGGUGGGGAGGACGGAGGGCUGAGAGAGAUGGCGGAGUAUGGAGUGAGAUGGUGGGAUGAGGAGCUGACUGGGAUGGGAAUAUAUGAUUUUGAAGUUGUGGGCUGGGAUCCUGCUGGGGCUGAGACUGAGGGAGAGAAGAGAAGGAAUGAAUUUGGAGAGCUUGAAGGGAUGCCGAGGAUACGGGAGGUCCUCGAGACCAAUGAAUGGGCUAUGGCUUCCAGCAUCGGGGAUGAUCUAGAUUCUGCUUCUGGUUUCCUGGAGGAUCUGGAUGACGACAGGCUAGACUUAGAAAUUGGCGAACUCGAGCGGGAAAUGGUUGGGCUGCGGAUGGCAAUUGAGAACGGCGGAGGUGACGGUGCCGACUUGGAAGGGGAAGAUUUUGAUGAAGACGAUCUGAAGGUCGAGCAAAUGGAGGGAUUAAUGCUCAGAGUACAAGCCAUCAAAGAUAUGGGAGCUGAUCUCCCCGACUCGGAACGGAGGACAUUUGCAGCCAAAGCAAUCAGGGAUAUCAUGAAAGACUUAUGAUCAAUGUCCGAACAUUUCACGAGAACAUUAGGUUGCAUGUUAUUUCCUCCACCUUUAUCCGUACACUCCUAACAACCCAUACCAACAGACUUCCUCGUGCUCCGAUACCGUUUUGAUCGAUGCACACCAUGUACCCAUGUCUCUCAAAUGUCUUUGCAGUAACCCAAAUGAAAAAUCACUUUCUAUCGUACAAACUGCUGCGUCCGAUGCAGAAUUCCGGAGAAUCGCAUAUGUAUGCAUCGUCUCAGGUGGCUUUUUUUGCCGCGGCUUUCAUAACCUUUCGUCUUUGAGCCAUCAUAUGCGUGUACAAGAUGUACGAGCCUAUAUUUGAAUCAGAAACCCUAUGCUCCGCAA